AUGGCGGCCUUCCUCGACCUUCUUCAACAAUAUACCCGCACUGCUCUGGCACACGUCCCCGAGCCUGCGCAGGGCUAUCUGCGUAACCCACUCACGCAAAAGGUCCUGGGAGUCAUCCUCGCCCUCGGCCUCGUUCGCAGCCUCAACAAGUCCCUCUCGCAAUGGACCAUCAACAACUGGACCCGUAGCCCGCGCUGGGACUCGAAGCGCGAACUCAUCCUCCUCACCGGAGGCUGCAGCGGCAUCGGCAAGAAAGUCAUGGAGAUUCUCGCCCAGAAAGGCAUCCGCGUCAUCAUUCUCGAUAUCAAUGAGCCCGACUUCCCUCUCCCCGCCACCGUCUCCUUCUACAAAACCGACAUUACGUCCUCCGCCAGUAUCGCCGAGGUUGCAAAGACCAUCCGCGCGAAACACGGCGACCCCACCGUUCUCGUCAACAACGCCGGCGUCGGUUACGAUGGUACCAUCCUCGACGAACCCGAGGCCAAAAUCCGCCGAACCUUCGAAGUCAACACCAUCUCACACUUCCUCAUGGUCAAAGAGUUCCUCCCGGCGAUGAUCCGGGACAAUCACGGACACGUGAUGACCAUCGCAUCCAUGGCUUCCUUCGUCGCGCUUGGUGAAAUGGCCGACUACUGCGGCUCCAAGGCCAGUGCGCUGGCUUUCCACGAGUCGCUGCGGCAGGAACUCAAGUCCUGGUAUCAUGCUCCCGGGGUACGCACCUCGGUGGUGCAUCCCAUGUGGGUACGGACGCCGAUGAUCGACAUGUUGACGGAACGGGAGUCGCAUUUCCGCCAGCCCAUUAUGACGGUGGAAUUUGUGGCCAAGGCCAUUGUUAAGCAGAUCUUGUCGCAGAACAGUGGGCAGCUUAUCCUGCCUUCGAGCCAGUCGCUCGCCAGCGCGGUGCGCGGAAUGCCGACAUGGAUGCAGGAGGGUGUGCGGUCGUUGGCAUCGGGGUCAUUGCUGAGGCUGCGCGAAGCGAAGCAGCAGGAAGAGUUGUAG